CUAUCUGAUCGACAGAGUGGGGGGGGCAGAGCAAGGACCAGGACCAUCAUGGUCUCCACCAUAUUUUUCUGCAAAAGCUAUAUAAGUGUCAGCCGCUCCCUCUAUCUUUUUCUCUCUCGCACCCUUUCACUUUCUCUCUUAUCUCUCGCAUAUCUACUCUCUAUCUUGCCUUUGGCCAUCUCCAUUUUUCUAACAAAAUGCCCUCUUCCACGGACAAUAAUGCUCCUCGUCCUUAUCAAUGCCCUCUCUGUCAAAAAGCUUUUUAUCGCUUAGAACAUCAAACACGGCAUUUAAGGACUCAUACAGGCGAAAAACCACAUCAUUGCGCAUUCCAAGGCUGUGGGAAGCGAUUCUCUCGUUCAGAUGAAUUGACUCGACAUACACGUAUUCAUACCAAUAUAAGAAGUACCAACAAAAGACAACGAUGCAACAAGACUCCUACUCGAUCCAUAAGAAACCGAUCAAACUAUAUGUCAUUACCUCCAAGUCCAUCACUCUCUGAUAAGGCACAAUCCGACAAUGAGAGUGAUUUACAGACACCUAAAGCGUCCCCGACAUUGGCCGCGCUGAAAUUAGCGCCUUUGGAAAGUACCCCCCUCGAUUAUUAUCAUUAUAGGAAUCCUGAAUCCCACACGGUUCUUCCUCCGCUGAAUGAGGUACUUCCUCUUUCUGCAUUUGGACCACGAGACACUGCUGCUGCUAAUGCUGUACUGCCCCAGCCCCACUAUUCCCCACCCAAUAAUACGGAGGUCACUUUACCAUCCAUUCAAUCUUUAUUCUUUUGAGCAAGAAAAAAGCAAAAGUGGGUUUGUAUUCAAUCCAAUCUGUACAGCGACGCACACCCACGAAUUGAAAUCGCCACAAAAGAAAAAAAUAUACCAACUCACGCAACCCAAACCACACAGUUCUAUUACACACUCUUGAACCCCACUCACACACACACAUCAUAUUUCCACGCACUUCUUUUUCCUUAU